AUGUCGUCCAGUUCAUAUUAUCUUUACAGAAGAGAUGAUUCUACUCCUACCCCAGCUUGUCCAACUCAAAACGAUUACGAUGGUCGUGAUAAUUUGAGAAUUUUAGCUGUGUUUAUGUUAUUAAUAUCUUCUUCAAUUGGUGUCUUUUUCCCAAUUCUAGCUUCUAGAUAUUCAUUUAUAAGAAUUCCCCCUAUCUUUUUCUUUAUUGCCAAAUUUUUUGGUUCAGGUGUUAUUGUUGCCACAGCAUUUAUUCAUUUAUUACAACCUGCAUACGAUGAAUUAAAUGAUCCAUGUUUAGGUGGUGUUUGGCAAGAAUAUCCAUGGGCAUUUGGUAUAUGUCUAAUGGCAUUAUUCUUAAUUUUCUUUUCAGAAUUAAUGGCCCAUUAUUUCAUUGAAAGGAAUGAAAGAAAGAAUGGUGGUAAAGUACCAGAUCCCCAUGCUAGUCAUUUCCGUAAUCCAGAAUUUCGUGGUCACAAGCAUGGUGCUGAUAAUGAAAGUGGUGAAAUGAUGGAGAAGGAAGAUCAAGUUGGCAGUCCUAGUGACGAUCUAGAGAGUCAAGAAAAUGAUAGCAUAGUGGAACGUGAUGCUGGUGCAUCGGAUGAAUAUCGUUUCUAUAAUGAAGAAGAAGAUGUUAAACGUGGCGAUCGUGAAAACGUCCACUCAGUAGCGGAUGGCAAGAACGAGAAUCUUGUAUUUAGCGAACAUAAUGUAGAAGUUAGUGAAGAUAGUGAAGACAGUGAUGGUUUAUUCGCGGCAGAAAGAAAACCUGAAGAUGUUAGUAAUUCUGAAUAUGUUAGGGAAUUAGUGAGUGUUAUGAUCUUGGAAAGUGGUAUUAUUGCACACUCUAUCUUCAUUGGUCUAUCAUUAUCAGUUGCAGGUAAAGAAUUCGAUACAUUAUUUGUUGUUUUGAUUUUCCACCAAAUGUUCGAAGGUUUAGGUUUGGGUACCAGAGUUGCCGAAGUUGAAUGGCCAUAUUCGAAGAGAUAUACUCCAUGGAUCUUGGGGGCUUGCUUCGGUGUGACAACACCUAUCUCUGCAGCCAUUGGUAUUGGUGUGAGACAUUCAUGGGUUCCAGGUUCCAGAUCAGCAUUGAUUGUCAAUGGUAUCUUUGAUUCCAUCAGUGCUGGUAUUUUAAUCUAUACCGGUCUAGUUGAAUUAAUGGCACACGAAUUUUUGUAUGCUAAUAAUUUCGAAGGUAAGAAUAGUCUAAAGAAAUUAUUACUAGCGUAUUUUGUGAUGUGUUGCGGUUGUGGUCUAAUGGCGUUGUUAGGUAAAUGGGCUUAG